AUGUCAUCAACACGUCACCGUCACGAUUAUCUGAAUUUGGAACCAGUGAAGUCAAGUCUGAGUCUUUUCCGUACGAGCUCACCAACUUAUCCCGAAUUUCUCAUUGGGUACCCAGAUGAUACUAAUAGUGAUUAUUCCUAUGGAUCUGAAUCCGUCAAACCUACUGAAAUAAAAGAAUGGAGUCAUCGACCAAACUCGCAAACUACUACUAGUCUUUCGAAUGAUCCCAUAAGUAUGGUGGUUAACCGGAUCCUAACUCACGAAAAGGAUAUCCACAAUGAAGUGAUUAGAAGUUGGAUAGAAGCCACCAACGAUCCACUUCCAGAUUUAACCAGUUUUACAACUUCAACAAUCACAAGCUCAGAGAAAAAUGGCGAAGUAGAAAGCUUUUUAAGUGGAUCUAAUUCUUUACAACCUGUUCUACGUCGCACUCAAAGUCUUGGUCAACUUUCUUUGAAACAAAAACCUUUAAAAGAGUUUGAUAGUUUCACUUUGGAUUCUGAUGUAGAUUUCAAUCAAAUCAAAAAAACCUAUCGUUGUACGAUUUCUUCGUCACAAAAAACAUCAGGAAAAAUCUUAUCAUGUUCUCAAAAAUCUAUCCUUGGAACAUGUACUUCUACAUUAGAAAUGGUCACUACUCACCAAGACUUCAAAGUUGAAGAGCGUAAGAAUGGGACUUGCUUGAAAUCCAUUUCUUUAGGCUACUUUUGGAACCCAUCUAAUGUAAAUCAAGUCACAAGUUUCAUUCGUGAUGAGACUCAAAUGACCUUAAUCUUACCCAAAGAUACCUAG